AUUCAAAAUGGCAGCCUUCAUGUCUGUAAUUUGGUAAAAGUGAAUGGCUUGCGUAAAAAUCAUGGUUGGGUGUUAACAUUUUCCUUUUCUACCCUGUGACCACGUCUGAAUUGGAGUACUGUUCCUUGCUGUUUCAUAUGGAAGAUGAAAAUGUUCAGGCAAGAGUUUAUCACUUGACAGGAGCCAAAAAUAAGAUGGGGGAAACUUGAGAACAGUCACAAGACACUAAAUAUUUCCCUCAACAGCAGUAGGGCCUUCUAAGUGGCUUAUCAUUGCUUUCUUGCGCCUUUGGAGAAUAUCGAGCCUUUCAUCACCAUGGGGGCCUGUGUGUGCAAGGACAAGAACCAAGAUCCUCCGAUCACACAAGCGGAGGAGAGUGAUAGCAGCUCUCAUGCUAGCAUGCAUCGUCAGAGAGACCACAGUUAUUAUCACAGCGUAGCCACUGCAUCGGGCUCAGACCAGUCAGAUCGAAGACACAGACAUCGUCACUCCCAUAAUCGUUCUCACAACCAUCAGAGGCAACACCAUGGGUCUCACAGACGUCGCAGAGAGACAGAAAAGGAAGAUGUUGAUCGCUUGGUGUUAGAGACCCUGUUUGUGAUCCGGACUUUGGUGGAUAAUGCUCAAGAACCGCCUCUGGCCAUGUUGAUCCUUCAUGAGAUAGCAGACUGUGAUCAGGGCUGGCUGAAUGUGGUGAAAUCCCUUAUACGAGUCAUUCCCAUGGAGGAUCCUUUGGGGCCAGCUGUCAUUGCUCUAUUGUUAGAUGAAUGCCCCCUGCCCACAAAGGAUGCCCUCCUCGAACUUAAGAACCACCUGAACUUUAAAGAGAUGGAAGUGGUUGAAACCUACGGAAGGCCUUGCCAGCAGCGCAAUAUAUGUGUUCUCCUCGGCUGUCUGGCAGAGAAAUUGGCAGGUCCCAACAGCAUAUCAUUGUUAACGACAGACAUUUUAAAUUAUUUAAUAGAUCAUUUGAAACCUACAAACCACCCAAUAGUUAUACUUCACUCUAUGGUUGCUUUAGAAAAAUUUGCUCAGACUAGUGAAAACAAAAUGCGCAUAACUCAGGCCCUGCAGCAGUGCGAAGUGCACCCCAUGACCCUCCUGGAGGAUUGGUACCAGCGGAACAAUGACAACACGCCCCUCAGCUACAGUCGCAGGGAGGUCGGGUUUUGUGCUGGAUGGUGCCUUGAUAACUUAUUUAUAAAAGAGGGACGACCGUUUUCUUAUGAGCAGCUAGACAGGUCUCAUCUCAAUGUUAUGCUGAAUAGCAACGAUGUCAGUGAAUAUUUGAAAAUUUCUGCUGAUGGUUUGGAGGCACGCUGUGAUGCUUCCUCGUUUGAAAGUGUGCGGUGUACGUUCCAAGUGGACUCCGGGGUCUGGUACUAUGAAGUUACCAUAGUGACAGAUGGAGUCAUGCAGAUUGGCUGGGCUACCAAAGACAGUAAAUUUUUGAAUUAUGACGGCUGUGGUAUUGGUGACGAUGAGUUCUCUAUGGCCUACGACGGCUGUCGACAGCUGAUCUGGUACCAUGCUCAAAGCAAGCUACACACACACCGGUGCUGGAAGCCAGGUGACAUCCUUGGCCUAUUGCUUGACCUGGACAAUCAGUAUUUGAUAUUUUCCCUGAACGGAGACCCCCUGCCCCGCUACAAACAGCUGUUUACACAUGCAAGGUCUGGUUUCUUUGCUGCGGCUAGCUUCAUGUCUUUCCAGCAGUGUGAGUUCAACUUUGGUGCCAAGCCUUUCCAGUAUCCCCCGCCCGUCUCCUUCAAGACGUUUAACGAGUACGGCAGCCUCAGGCCAGAGCAGAAGAUUGUUCUGCCCAGACAUGAGAAGAUGGCGAUGAUGAACAACUUUGUCGUCAGUGAUGAUGCCUGCACUCUGUGCUUUGACAAUGUGGCAGACACACAGCUCAUGGACUGUGGGCACAGGGGUUUCUGCGAAGUGUGCGCUAUCCAGCUGGAAAAGUGUCCCAUCUGCCGACAGAGGAUUCUGAAGCGAGUGCGCAUGCAGCCCGAGGAGACGCGGACCUCAACCCCACCCAUGCAGCCUCUUAUCCCCACACCUGUGGUCUAGGCACACGAAGACACACACACACACACACACACACACACACACUCACACGCGCACACUGAGACGUGUGAGCGCUUCUCUCUGUCACUGGGAGAAGUGCAACUACCUUCUGCUAAAAUCAAAUUUCGCCUCUCAGGUGCCAAGUGAAAGUAAAAGUGGACUCAAAUUGCCUAAAAUAUCUCUACGAUAUUACAAUGUGCAUUCUGAAUGAUGUAAGCUGUGUUGAAAAUGAUGUGGAACUGUUUUUAUCGCGUAAAAAAAGGUACUAACAGAAAAAUAACUGUCAAUUUUUAACGAUUAGGGUGCAGUGGACAAGACCACAUUGUCAGAAUGUAACAGACAUUGGUAAGGCUGUAUGAGCAUGCUGCAGUUCUCAUGUUAAAGGUUCGUCUAAGCUCGCAGACACAGCGUCAUCCCGCCAACUAAAUGGGUGCAAUAAAAAACGGGGCCGUUACAUCAGAAGAAAGCUGAUAUGUGGCUUGUCGGAAGUGACAGGAAAUGGCCACAUUUUACAAAAAAAGGAGUCCCAACUGUACAUCAUGUGCAAGUGUCUUGCUGUUUGCUGUUUUAAAAGUGAAGAACAAAUAUUUUUUUUGUUACAUCAGUGCGCUGCUAUCUUGCACUGCAGUCCCAGUGCCCAGUAGUUUCAUUUUUAUUACAUUGCAAUGCUUUUUACUUGCUUUCUUGCAGCACUUCCAGAAGUGGUUAAAAGAAAAAAAAAGGGUAAUAAUAUAUGGGACCUUCAGAAGCUUGAGGUAACUUGUUACAGCCAUCAGCAAAGCCUGACUAGAUGUCAAUUGGACUUUGUGUAGGGUUAAUCGGGGAAAAAGACGUGCAAGAUUCUGUAAAAUCCAAGGAUAAACUUUCUCCGUUUUGUUGCUUCAUAAGAACAAAAGAUAAACCUCGUGAUGUUUUGAUAUAUAUACAGUUAUGUUCUGCUUCUGUUGAAAGAGUUGGGUCCAUCUGUGUGCUAUGUUUUGUUAUCGUUCUUUCCCACCAGAAAAGAUACUGUGCUGUUUGGCGCAAUACCGUGAUGCACAUUAAGCACAAUAGGAAGACAGUUCUUUGACAGCUAUUUCUUGAUUGUUUGUAGGGAGGAAGUGGGUGGAGGUGGCUGUCAUGUGGAGUGGUUUAAUAAUAACAAUGAAAAUAAUGAUGAUUGAUAAUAUUAUGUAUUACUAUCAUCAUUAGUAUUAUUGUUGUUGUUUUUAUUAUUAUUAUUAUUGUUGUUGUUGUUUGUAUGGAGGGAGAGGGUGUAGGUGGCUGUCGUGCAGAGUGGUCUAAUAAUAGUAAUAAUUAUAAUUAAUAAUAGACAUAUAGUAUUUCUGAUUGUCUGUUUGUCUGGAGGGAGCAGGUGUAGUAGAUGGUUAUUGUGAGGAAUGGUCUGAAGCCACUAGCUAUAGGUAGCUGUUCUUUACGCACAGCUCUUGUUGGUGCACAAAUAGAUGAAUAGGAACAGCCUUUUAGGACCUGUUCAUUUGACACGCCAAGCACAUGGCUAUUGUUUUGACCUAGCGUUUCAAAUUAACAUGCGGUACCCUGUUUGUGUUUUUAAUGAGUUUCUUCUCUAUGGGUGCAGUUAGGUAUAUCAUUGUGCUUGCCUAUUUGUUUUUAGUUUUUACUUUUCACUUUCCUGGUCUUUUCUGUCCUAUGACAUCAUAGGAUCAUUCAGAUUUUGCUAAAUGUUCUUCCCCUUUUGUUCGUUUUUUAAAAAGAGAUAAUUAGCUAAAAGUAUUCUUCAUUUAUUUUUCUCAGGCUGGAGUUUUCCGAGUUUUCUAGAUGGAUGGGUGUGUCUUCUCUGGUGUGGUGUACUCCUUCUUUCCUAUCGAACAACUUUUGUCCUAAUCUUUCUUUCUUUCUUUCUUUUUUUUAUUCGUAUGUUACUUCUUAGUAACACUUCUAAUCUUUAGCCCUUCUAUGACUUAUUUUUGUUGCGAGUGCUGUAAAACUCUUAUUAAAAGUUAACAAAAACUUUAAGAGUGGGGGACUACCCAAGUGAAUUUACCUUGGUUCUUUGUCUUUAUGUUGGCUCUAAAUGUCCGAUAAAAGACCCCACCUACAGAAAAGAACGAGAGAAGGGGUUUAUAAUCCAGUCUAUAAACGAGGCAAAGUUUGCCAUCUCGACACUUAAUGUUUUAUGUUCCUCAUUUUAUGAGAAUUGACUGAAGAGGAGCAGGUUGCACUAUGGGCCCCCCUUCCCCAUCCCCCAUACAUAUUAUACAGAUAUAUUUAUACAUAUUAUGUGUAUAUACCCGCCCGUGAAGACGUUUCACAGACGUGGUGUACAACAUGAGAACCAAACUAAUAUCAAAAGUGUCCGUGGUCCUUCCAUAGACUAGUCGUGGUAGUGGUGGUGGCCUCCUGUAUUUCUUAUAUUGAUUGUGAAGGCUGUGAGACUGUUGAUGCCAUCCUCAACUUUUAUUAUUAAACAUUUAUAUAAAUAUAUAAAUAUACACAUACAUAUAAUUCAUCAAAUUGUACUGAUUCCUUCAUAUGUUCAAUGUGAAUCAUCAUGUCCAUUUCUCUAAUUCAGGGGUCUCAAACUGGCAGCCCGCAGCCUGCAGGACCAUAUUUUGUGGCACCAGCUUGAUGGUGUCAAAGUUGAGCGUUAGUCCAACCCGCACGUUUCUCGUUUCUCUCCCACCCCAUACCUAAUCCCAUGCCUUGCUUAUGUUAUAGAACUUUGUAAGAAAAGGAAGCGUUGCCAGGUAUCUGGCAGAAAGAAGAAGGUUUAAAAAGCUUUAAAAGCCUAUAUUCUAAAGAACCGUUAAUGUUCUGAACUGCUAUUAUUUAAGUGCAAGAGGAUUAGAUCAGUUGUAUUUAUUUUUUUAAUACUUGAAACAUUUUUCUUUGUCCCGGCCUAUUCAGAAACUACCUUCAGCGGCCCCUGCAAAGUUUGAGUUUGAGACCCCUGUUCUAAUUUGAGUUCAUUUGGUUCCUCUUUCCUUGUUUCCUAAACACUUAGCUGUGGACGUUGCUGGAAAGAUACUUGAAUAAGUUGUCUAUUUUGUCGAAUUGUUAUUUCUUAAUUUUGUUGAUUUGUUGCACACAAAUUCAGUAUGAGCAUAAUUUCAUGUGAUAAAAGAGGAGCAUACAUCUUGCUUUUUCUUUUUUUUUUUUACCUCUCAUUUUCUAUUUCAUUUCAUCGGCUUCUUUUUCUUUCUUUUUUCUUUUGGGGAAUGCUUAUAUACGUUAUUGUUUGGUCUCUUGGGAAGCUUCAAACAAGAGGAGUUUUUCAGAGUUUAGAGAGGACAUUACUCUAGUUCGUCUCAAUGUUGACUGCGCUCUGUGUAUUAUAUUUGAGUUGUACUUUUGGUUCUCAGUGUACAGAAAGAUUGUGCCAUGAAGUAUGAAUUCCGUUAGUGAUAUAUCAUGAGAGAAAAAAGAUGUGUUUUCUUUUUCAAACACUCUUUGAUUUGGUCCAGUUUGUGAGACGUAUUAUAACAAAGUGGAACAUCAAGAUACUGGGAAGUACUAUGGUGUCAGUUGUCUGGUGUUUUGUUGUUGUUUUUUUAAGUAAAGAAAGUGAUGUCAUUGAUUUGGUGUUGCGCUGAUUACGUGGGCGGCACUAGAGUUUGAUACGACAUAAAAUUGGAGUGAAAUAAUUCUAUUUGAAUGUGGGAGUUGUCAGCCUGAACUACUCUGCUGCUUUAACUAACAUUGCUUUGUUGUUGUUGUUGUUGUUGUUGUUGUAGCUGUUGAUGAGCUUUAAUGUACCGUACUGGAUUUUGGUGAGCCGUUUGUCUGUCCUGGUUCACUUUAUCAUGUGAUGUUUCCUCACGGGGGUGAAGGACGUGUAGAUAUACAUUGGCCUGUCUCAUAUCACACACACAUGCGCACACGCACACAUGCACACACACACACUCAUGAAAUUGUCACCAAUAUUUUUGAGUUUCUUGCCUUACAUCACAGCUGUUGUUCUUUGUGGGUUUCUUGGGUUGGGAUUUUUUUUCAUGAAAUGUCCGUUCCACAUUUUAAUUCUUACAUGAUUCUGUAUUUUCAACUUUAAAGGGAUUCAACAGUUUAGUUUUAAGCAUGAUCAACCCUUUUUUUUUUUUUUUACAAUGUUUGUGGUCUGUAUUUUUACAGAGCUACGCACAUGUGCAUGUGUGGUUUAUGUAAUCUUUCAGUUUUGGAAUGUAGUCAUUCACAAUAGGUGAAGUUCAGGCUUUUCUUCCCUUUUUGUAUUCUCAUUGAUGAAUCAGGGUGAAUUUAUUUUGUUUUUAGUUUUUAUGUACAAGGACCAUAUUAUUUUCAAGCUUUUGUUUGACAGAGUCAUUAUACUACUAUACUUGACAGAAAUCAGUGUUUUUAUAUAUUUUAGAAGAAAUUCGACUGUUUGUGUUUGACUUGUUAUCUGAAGACAUGGAACACAUUGAUUGCCUGCUAUAAAAUUUGUAUCUAUCUAGUUGUAUCAACAUGGAGACUGAAGGCAACCACAAACUGUUUGUAGUAGAUAUGGGGAGGAGAGGUAGGGAACAAGACAGUGUGUGUCUUUUCUGGGUUCUGUCCCCAGAAUUGAUCUAGAUCUACAUAAAAUAUUGAUUAUUGUUUUUGCCACAUUCGGUUCUACACCAAGAUCUUUAGAAGGUGAAGUGAAGUGUGCGUUGUGGAUAUAGAUCAACAGUUUUGUCUUUGCUCAUUUCUGCCCAUGGUCUUAGUGUUUCAAAACAUUCAACUUUGUUGAUCGCUGUGUGUAAAAUUGUUUCACAAUGACAUACUACAUGAUUCGUCAAUGGUGAACAUAAGAUGAAACAGGUUCAGGCAUUUUUUAAAUUUUUUUUUGGUAGUAAAAAUCUGACAAGCAGAGAGAGGUGAAGGUGAAGGGAGAGAGGCAGAGUCUGUUCUACUCAAACCACAGCUUAGUCCUGUUUUGUGACUGUCGUGAUUGGCACAGUCUGUACUUGCAGUGGCUUCGGACAUGAUGGACACAAUGACGAAACAUUCUUGCACAGACCCAAACAAGAGUGUUGAUCGAUUCCAUUUUCAGGGAAUUUGUACAUCGGUGUCAUUUUUUUUUUCUUGUGACUGGGGACUAUUGUACAUUUUAUUUGAAUGCUAUGAUGAACAGAUUUUAAGACAAAUCUCGAUCUCCAGUAUAAAUAUGCUUUGCUUU